AUGACGCCAUCAGCCGAAAGGCAGCGAGAACGCAUAGGUGUCGCGCGCGUGCUAAUGCACUUCCUGCAGAUCCUAGGAGCUUGGCCAAUACUCCCGGAACGCUACCAACAAAACGCCAGAUCAACACAACGCCGUACUUGGCUGGCGCGCAACUACCGCUACCUGCUGCACAUGCCGCUUACCUUCACCUACAAUACGCUCAUGUGGGUGGAAGCGCUGACGCGCUGGGAACGCGCCGAUCACAUACUCUACAUCUCCAUCACCGAAGUGGGCAUGAUGGCGUUGACGCUGAACUUCUGGCGCUUAGAGCAGCACGCUUACCACUUCAUGCACGAGCUCAGCUACAGCGACCACUUGGCGUUGCACAACCAGGAGGAGCGUCAGUGGUGGCGCGCAAAGCAGCGCUCGUUUACGCGCAUUGUCGUGUGCUACAUAGGUGGCGGCGCGGGUGUGCUUUGCACGGCAUUCGGCGCAACGCUGCUAGUGAACGGUUACUCCUUGCCGUACGACUAUUGGCUACCAUUUGAAUGGCACAAUGCGCAGAAUUAUUGGUACGCCUACGGCUAUGAGUUGGUGGCGAUGUCGCUAACGUGCAUCGCCAACGUCACCAUGGAUAUGAUGCUGUGCUAUUACCUGUUUCACGUGGCGCUUUUAUACAAGUUAAUUGGCAUGCGUCUAACGGCGUUGCAGCAACUGAGCGAACCUUUGGCCGUGCAACAGCUGAUCAACAUAAUCGAGUUACAUAAAAGAGUCAAACGGUUGACAGCGCAAUGCGAGGUGCUCGUAUCGCUGCCCAUUCUGGUGCAAAUCGUGCUCAGCGUCUUCAUUUUAUGCCUCUCCGCCUAUCGUUUACAAAGUAUGCAAAUCAGCGAGAAUCCAGGCCAAUUUUUCGCCAUGUUGCAAUUUGCCAGCGUGCUGACGUUGCAAAUAUUCCUGCCUUGCUACUUUUCCAAUGAGAUUACCAUAAAUUCGAAUGCGCUGACAACGUGUGUGUACAACAGCAAUUGGGAGGAAUUUUCGCCGCCUACGCGUAAGCUUAUGAAUCUGUAUAUGGAGCUGCUGAAACGACCGGAACAAAUAAAGGCUGGCAAUUUUUUCUUGGUCGGCUUGCCCGUUUUCACAAAGACUAUGAAUAACGCUUAUAGCCUUCUAGCGCUUCUUUUGAAUAUGAAUAAAUAA